AUGAGUCAUCAAAGUGGUAUCACAGCUUCAGACGAAUUAGUUCAAGCAUUUGGUAAUGCUAAUGGGGGUAGUACUAGAUUCAUCAAGGUUUCAAUUCAAGAUGAACAUGUAGUUGUAUCAAAGCUUGUUGAUGCUCAAGGAUCAUUUGAAGAUGAUUUGGAAUUAAUCCCAUCAUUAUUAGAAAAAGAUAAACCAUGUUUCAUCUUGGCAAAGACAGAUGAUAAAUCGAUUGAAUUGAGAGGUAAUAACUGGGUAUUUAUGUUUUACGUACCAGACCCAGCAAAGGUACGUGAAAAGAUGACAUAUGCAGCUACUCGUGCCACCUUGAAGAAGGAUUUGGGAUCGGCACACUUUGUCGACGAAGUACACAGCACUGUGGCCGCAGACUUUUCCAAGAAGGGUUACAAGGAGCACAAGGUGCACCAAGAGUCAUCGGCCCCACUCACCUGGGACGAGCAACAACGUAACGACGAGCGUGAAGGAGGUCUCUUUGUCGGCGGUGGCGGCAGUGGCAUGUACGUGCACGGUGUCGCCUUCCCCGUUGAAGACCGUGCCCUCCAAGCCGUCCAAGACUUUGUCGGUGGCAAGAACAACUUUGUCGAGUUGGCCAUCAACAUUGCCGACGAAAAGAUUGUCUAUGGAUCGAGUGGCAACACCUCUAUCGACCAACUCCAAUCAAAGAUCAAUUUGACCGAGCCACGUUUCCUCUUUUUCCGUUACACUCACGACCACGAAGGCGACACUGUCAACUCUAUCAUCUUUAUCUUUGCAUGUCCAGACGGAUCCAACGGCACUACCUCUGCCCCUGUCCGUCAACGUAUGCUCUACUCGUCGAGCAAGGCCAACGUCGAGAGUCUUGUCACCAAGAACAACAUCAAGGUCGACCUCAAACUCGAAAUUAAUUCACCAUCUGAACUCUCUCAAUCUUCCAUCGACAAUGAAAUCCAUCCACCAAAGGUCGAAGAAAAGAAAGCUUUCUCUAGACCAACUCGUCCAGGUGCAGGUUCCCGUAAAUUAAUUAAAUAA